AUGUCUCGACUCAGAGCUCCUGUUCGCGAUAAAGCCUACUACUCCUCACCAACAUCUUCUUCCUCAUCGGAUAAUGAUGAAAAGGAACAAAGAGACAUGUCUCAAAGUUUACAAUCUUGUGAUUCUUAUCAGAGGCGAAAGGGUCUUGGUUCUGUCUCUUCUCAGUGGAGAUCUUCAGAGCUGGUGAAAAAUCAUCAUGUUUCUUCUUCCUUCUCAUUCGGAUCAUCAUCAACAACAAGUAAUCCCUUUUCUUGUAGCAGUGUAGAAACUGGAUCAUCAAUUUUGUUUCAACAACAACCAAUCACAUCCAAUCCUUUUUCGAGCCCGUUCUCCCUUCCUCCUUCUACAACCAUGAGUACAAUCAUCAUCAACAAUGAGAAUGAUAGUGAUCAGAAAGAGACAACUGUUUCUAAUGACUCCAAUAUUGCUACAACAUCUUGUACGACCAAUUCGGGCUGUAAUGAUAAAGGCAAAACAACAUUACCGAGUAGUAUGACUAUUUCCGAACCUUUGUCCGAUCACAUGAAAACACUGCAACUCUCCAAUAACGAGAAGACUCCAACAAGUCUCACUACUAACUCUGCAAGCACAACGGAUGCAGCAACAACGGAAGCCAAUGAGCUUGAUCAAGCGUCGGCAAAACCUUUAACGGUGGUCAAUGAUGAUACGCACCCUCCACCAUCUACUGCCUUAACCUUGGAUUCUGUACCAGCAGCGUCAUCAUCAGCAACCUCUGCAUCAAGUACGACAUCUCCAAAAGCAACAGUUAUCGCAGUAGCAUCAAGCCUUAAUACGAGUUGUAGUAACAGUACUGCUACUACGAACAAUAGCAAUAACACCACGAGCAGCGAUCAUUCCUCGACCAUCAACAUUCCUCUCUCAAAACCAUCUUUUGUAUUUGGUGACAAUGGAUCUACAACAUCUUCCAAAACAACAACCCAGGACAAGUCCACAACAAGUUCUAAAGUCAAUAGAAACAACAAUCCAUUUUCAUUUGGCGUUGCGUCAUCUUUAAGAAAUUCCUCCUUGUUACCAGCAGCCACUACCAGUCUCAACAACGUGAACACAAGCAAAAAUCUUAGCACCUAUGACGUGUUUGUGAAUGUUAAAGAUUUUUCAUCUGAAGAAACACCAAUUUCAUUUUCUAAAUUAGCAGCCAACACCAAUUUUUCAUUCGGAACUCGAGUGUCUUCCGUGAAUCAAAGGAAUUGCAUUAAGAAAUAUAAUCGUGAUUUACUUUUUGGAACCGAAGUUUUUGCCUUUAUUCCAUUUUUAAAGAUUGUGGUGCCAAAUUUUACACAACACGUUCUCCUUAAUCAAAGACUCAUACAAACUCUUACAACGUCCGAGCAACAAUGUUUACAAUUUAUCAUUGAUUUCAUUAUGAGUUCAAGAGACUCAUGCUUACCUGUCCGCAAUCUUUCACUCGCAGAAGUUAUUGCAUGUAUUUUCUUAGUGAACAGAGCCAAGGCGGAAUUGAUUGACUUUAAAGUCAACUAUUUGCUCAAACAGUUUAAAAAUGUUUUCAGUGACAGAGUAGCAAUCGAUAGUUUGGAACUGAUUGAUUCAUAUUUGGAGAGGGAAAAACAAGCUCCUCAAGAAGUAUUGUGUGGACUUUUGCAGAGAGUCCAAAGAUUUUGUUUGGAAUAUGUUGGUUCUAACUCACCAUUACCUUGCUUUGACAUUGAAAAGGAGCCACGAAUUGAAAAGUAUCUCGCCAAGAUUUAUCGAUUCAAAACUGUGACACCACUACAUUGGUUCGAACAUGGACGUCCUUCAACAUCUACUGUCAACAGUCUGUCCUCCCUCUACAAAGAUCCAAAAUCAUCAGAUGUGAAAAUUACAAUUGGAGAAGGGAAAUUCAUCGAUUGUCACAAAACAGUUCUCUCAUCAGCAAGCGAAUUCUUCGAGACACAAUUCAACUCUCCAAUAUUUACCAAUGAAGCAUGCGAUUCGAGUCAUUUACAAGAAAUUGGUGUAGAACCACACAUUAUGGAAUACAUUGUCAAGUAUGCUUAUGAAUGUUUCGAUCCAAUUUUAGUACCAUCUGAGGAUGCCAUUUCUUUACUCAAGACUGCACACUUGUACCGUAUGAAGGGUCUCGUGGAUUCAUGUUUGAGCAUUUUCAAUAGAAAUAGACAAAGUUAUUUGUCCAUUGUUGACCGCUUGUCAUGCUAUUUGGAUGAUCCCAUGUUGGAACCAGUUCGUGACAUGCUCAUUCAAGUUGGUGCUGCUAAUUUGGAGCAAUUGUUUAAGACAGAUGUCAAAACUGACGAGUUGAUGAAAAUUCCACAAGAUAUUUUGGUGAAAAUCACUCAGCUCUAUUUCCAACAAGUUCGUAAUUCCUUUGCUUACCGUAGUUUCAAAACACCAGUGGAUGUUCUUGACCCGUCCGCCACAACGACAACUCCAACCUCCUCGACCACAACAGGGACAACACCAACAACAACAACCACUCCAUCCUCUGAAAAUACAACAAAAGGGCCAAUCUACUCUUUUUAA